GGAGAAUGGUUGAGAUGAAGCUUCAUCCAGUGGUGAGCAGCUGCACUGCAGGAUGGAGAACGAGAGGAAGUUCUUUGGGAACUUUUGAGAGUUUUUUUCCCCAAGUCUGGAGAAGAAGGGAAUCUAGUUCUAGAGGGGGGACGUCAUUGAACUUGGGGGGAAAACGCAGUCUCCAAACGCUGUUCGCUUUCACCACCGUUUCGCUCAUGGAAAAACUGGAAAACGAGUGAACUUUCCUCCCCCGCGUCCCGAGGAAAACUUGACCAACCGACGGGGCGAUGAGAUGCGAGUGAGCGAUGCCUUGGAGAAAUGGACAGGCUGUAUUUAAGCGGAAAUAUGGCGUCUGUCUCCCAAAGUUUGGAUUCUUUUCCAGUCUGCUCUUUGCACUCUGCUGCCUCGAGGCGCUCUCGGGCGUCACGGGCGACGGGCGAGCGUGCAGUCCGUGUCCGGGGAACUGCUCGUGCGCGGCGGUGGGACCGCAAAACUUCUGCGUGGUUAACUGCUCGAACAUCGGACUGGAUCAGGCCCCAGCUGCUUACGACCUACCGAGCGACACGCACACUCUAGAUCUUUCCAGAAACCACAUUCCCUCAGUGGACUCGAGUCUCUUUGAUCACCUCACCGCCCUCAAAGAGCUGUAUCUUCAGAGUAAUCGUCUGGUCACUCUUCCUCAUGGGAUAUUUGGCUGUGGCCCAUUAGCUGUGCUAGAUUUGAGCAACAACCAGAUCACCACCAUCGAGGGAACAAUAUGUGAUAAUUUAUUUAAUUUAACUACAAUAGAUCUGAGCUCUAACCCGUUUGUCUGUGACUGUAAGCUAGUGCCGUUGGUUAGCUGGUUGAAGGAACAAGGCGUUAGAGUGAAAAAACCCAACUCUAUGCUGUGUGAUCGCCCAGCGGAGGUGAAGAACCAACCACUGCUCAACGUCAGCAAGCACAUCUGCACUCUGAUUUAUGCGGGAUGUCUGCAGGAUGAGGAGCACGUGGGAGGCGUGGAGUUGGUCAUCUUCUCCUCCUCCACUCCUGGUCAUUUCUCGCGUGAAGACUGCAACUCGAAAUGUUUCCAUGAGAAUCAGCGUUACGGCGGUCUGGGUCAGCAGAGAGAGUGUCUGUGCAGCACAAACUCUGAGCCCAACCACAUCAGCGAGUCGCAGUGCACAACCGCGUGUUCUGACCCAGUGGUUAUGAAGGAGUGCGGCUGGACUGUGGCACACGAUGUGUUUCAGGUGAAUUUCUCAGCCUAUCUUCCAUCUCGCCGUGUAUCCAUCCACUCUGAGGCUCUCCUAUCCGUCGCCUCUUCUGUCUACCCGGUGUCUCUCUCAUGGGACUUCGGUGACCUUUCACCUCGGGUCAACACCUCUACACCCAACACGACAGCGAGGCAUAAGUACGGUCACCCUGGAAAAUACCAGGCCCAGGUGAGUCUUUCCGCAGGCCACCAGGAGAUCAUCGCACAGGGGAACGUGAGUGUAGAACUACCCCCUCGACUGGAGCUCCACUGCCCAUCAAUGAUCGUAGCAAAUCAGAGCCUGGAGGAGGCGGUGAGUCUGGUGAACUGGGGCGGAGUGGGCGUGACUGUGGACUGGCAAAUCAGGAAGGAUAGAACCGAGAUCGCAAGAGCGGAGCCGCUGUGUUUGCCAGGUGCGAUCCAUCACGCUGACUCAUCCCGCUGUUUCCUGUUGGUGUCGGAAGAAGUCAGCUGGUCCGACGCAAGGCGCAAUUGUUCUGCUCGUGGGGGAGAACUCGUUGUGGUGCAUUCCCAAAUCGUACGAGACCUUCUGGCCCCUCGAAUCACACAGGAGCGUGGUGUGUGGUUGGGUUUGAGUGAUAAAUACUCUCCUCGUGUUCUGCGCUGGGUGGACAAUUCUGAGUUUCGGGCGGGUGAGGAGGGCGUGAGAGACCGAGCCAACCUGCAGCCGGGAAAUGUUUGUGUCUCACUGGACAACAGCGGGCAGCCCAGCUCACACUCCUGUACCGCUAAACGCGCUUUUGUCUGCCAGUUCACUAGCCAAGUGCGUGUGCCGGAUGCAGGUGUGUAUACGGUGGGCACCGCUGUGUUUAAUAUCCAGAGAUCACUGAGCAACCCGACAGCAUCACAGACGUGUCUACCCAACACACCGGCCAAUAGUGUGGAGCUGUUGCUCUUCCCUGGUUUGAGUUUUCUUCAAGCGGGUCUACUAUCUUCUCUGGAGCUGAUCACUCAGUCUCUGAGCUCACAAACACAGCUGCGCUUUCAGGUGUACCGACCACAGUGCCCGAGAUUCACACGCCCUCUGCUGCCAGGUUGCGGUGACCUCUGUUCCCCCAUCACUGUUUGCCAGCCCCAUGAUAACUGGAUUAAUGAUACGUCCAUUCCGCCAGCAUCUUCAUCGUGCCCUGCGGGACGCCAGUACUGCCCAUAUUCGAAGGAGUGUCUGCCUCUUUCUAGCCCGUGCCACCCUGUGCGCUGUGCCAACUGCUCCGGGGUUGACCCUCUGCCUCCAGGCACCCUGUACCCCUAUUACAGCCUUGUAAGGGAGGUGCUGUUAACCCUACCACCUGGCCCCUCCACUCACGUCCUGGCCCUGGAGGAAAUAGAGGACCUGCUGGUUGCCCCUGGUGACUUCCUUGCCCUGCAGCAUGAUGCUGGCCCGUCAGGUCUUCUCCAGUGCUCAUCAGACCCCUCAUCGCCGUGGAAACAGGAUGUGCUAAUCCAAAACCUCUCUAACUGGUGGGUAGCAAAUGAGACAUUGGAGGUGAAAGGAAAGGGAGGCUGGGAGGAGGGAUUGGUAUGCCAGCUAAGAGUGCUCUACAUCGGGCAGAACAACACCAAAUUGCAGGGUCCCUUUCUUCGUUCAGGGCUUCCCCAGCCCGGUAACUACAGUUUGGAAGUGACGUCCAAUGAUAAAGAUUUUCCCAUAACAGCAUCCUGUCCAAUCCAUGUCAUCCCACCUUUGGGCCUCACUGUGAUCCAUCCGACCAAUCACAACGGUACGGUGUACUUCCUGCCCAAUGAGACGGCAGUUCUCGUUAGGGUGCGCACUCAGCACAGCGUACUGAUAGGAUGGCAGGGUAGCAAUACGACCACACCCUUUCAAAGCUCCUGUCCACAGGACUUGCAGGCUAUGGUGGCUGAAUGUAGGCAUCCUGAUCCAUUCAAUGACACCAUGUUUGCGUGGGUCGACCUCCAGCUGGGGACCACGCCAGGCCAGACCACCGUGGUGCUUCGAGCCCAGAGUAAAGUUACCGAAGCGGUGCUCCAGAUUCAGGCAAGGGUGCAAGAGCCUCUCCGAGGACUGGUCGUUCAACCCCAUCCUGCUCACAGAGUCCUCAUGGAAUCCGUAGUGAGUUACAUGGCAUCUGUGGAGGAAGGUACAGACCCUUCCUUCAGAUGGACAGUGGAUGAUAAACCAUAUUUCACAUACUACAACAGCAUGCUUAACAUCAUCUAUCAGAAUGCAGCUGUGUAUACGCUCACGGUAACGGCUAUGAACCAAGUUAGCACUUUGACAGAGCACUUCAACGUGACAGUGGACCGCAUGAAUAGUAUGACUGACUGUACCAUCCCUGGAAUUCCUGAAAUCGUGUGUCAGGGGUCACCUCUCAACCUCUCUGCCUCUGUGACGAUCGACGUGGCUGUGGACGUCACAUUCUGUUGGCUGUUUGGAGAUGGAGGGAACCGCACACGUCAGUUUAAGCCUCCUUAUGAUCACCUUUCUAGUAACCAGGUGAUGAUUCAUGACCAUGCAGAAUACGUUUAUUCCCAGCCAGGGGAAUACACGCUUUUAUUCUCUGCUUCCAAUCGCUACGAAAACAAGACAUGCAAGUUUGACGUCUAUGUCUUUAGCAUUCUGACAGACGUGCAAAUCGAGACCAACCCACAACUUCUGCGUGCUGGAAAACGUGGAGAAUUUGAGGCCCACCCCUUACCAUCUCCUUACGGUAUCAUUUACUCCUGGAACUUCGGUGACAAUUCGAGUAUACGGCUGGGACGUGAACGCAGAGUUCCUCAUGCGUACGCUCGCAGCGGUGUCUACACCAUCUGCGUGAAUGUUAACAACACCAUCAGCUGGACAGACACCUGUGCGGACAUUAUCGUUUAUGAGGACGUCAAGGGCUUGGAGGUGACUUCAUCAGCUCCCACAGAACGAAACACACCUACUGUUGUCACAGCGAGUUUGGAAGCAGGCAACAAUGUAACGUGGAGCUUUGACAUGGGCGAUGGCACUGUACACACAAGUGUGGAUCCCCAAGUUCAAUAUACGUAUCGAAAAGAUGGCAACUACACUGUCAAUGUCACAGCUAUGAAUGAUGUGAGCUUACAGUGGGUAACCAUACCCGUUGAAGUGUUUGUGCUACAAGUGUUAUCGCUAGAGCCUGCUGGGUGCGUUCGAGAAAACGAAGAGGUCAGCUUCCAUGCGUUUGUGUCAGGGAAUGCUUCAGGACAUCAGUAUGAGUGGAGUUUUGGAGAUGGAAGCCCCAACGAGACUCAAUAUGGAGCCCCGGCAAUAACACACUCGUACGUUAAGAGUGGAGAGUACCACCUAUCGCUGCUCAUGUCAAGUGAAGCUAACAAGGCCAAUUUUUUCACAAGAAUUUGUGUCCAACCUGAAAUCACAACAGUGUCUUUGCUUUCUCACAGAAAACAUGUCAAGUAUGGUGAAGAGAAUAGAUUCACUGUAACCGCUCUGCCAGAAUUUAACUACACAUACCUUUGGGAUUUUGGGGAAUAUGAGUCCACACAUCCAAUUCGAGGUGGAAAUCACAUGGCUAUUACUUACAAGAGUCCCGGACAAUAUCAAGUAGCCGUUACUGUCUUUAACAACAUCUCCUGUAGCAACAACUCCAUUUUAAUUGAGGUACAGCAGCCUGUUGACGUUUUGCGGAUAAAUCAUGAUGGCAACAAAGGUAACAACCUCACCUUACACAAAGACUACAUUUUUAUCGCAUCUUCAGACUCUACAAACGUUGCCUACAUCUGGAACUUUGGAGAUGGGACUCAACUCAAUGGGACAAGUGUAUCACAUGCUUACAAAUCUUCUGGCAAUUUCAACAUCAGUGUUACAGGCAAGAAUGAGGUGAGCGAGACUACAAAUUACAUUUCCGUGGUGGUCUUAGCACCCAUUCAAGGGCUCUCAGUGAAUGCUAGUCUUGUCAAUGUUCCUAUUAACGCUUCGGUCGACUUUGAGGCACACAUUGACCAAGGGGACAAUGUUCGGUACUUUUGGAUUCUUUGCGACCGGUGCACACCCAUCUUAGAAACUCACACCAUGUUCUACACCUUUCGCUCCGUUGGGACAUUCAACAUCAUUGUAACUGCUGAGAAUGAUAUUGGCACUGCUCAAGCCAGUAUUUUCAUCUAUGUACAGCGUGAGUUAGAGGGCUUGCAGAUACUGGCUGAGGAUCUUAGCAAAGGGUGCUGUUUUGCAACCAAUCGUGUCCUUCACUUACAAGCCUCAUUGAAAGAGGGCACCAAUAUGACCUUCAGCUGGAACCUACUAAGGGAACCUGAGAACCGUGACCUCAACCUCACUGGCAAGACCAUAGACCUCAAUUUUUCCACCCCUGGUCCUUGUGAGGUGCUCCUCAAGGCAACCAACUUGCUCGGCCAGCUGGCGGUAAACAGAACUAUCGAGUUUCAUGAACCUGUAAGGGAGUUGUUCCUAGAGUGUUCUCCAAACCCUUCUGCUCUGAAUGCCAUCGCAAACCUGACCAUAUCGGUACGUUUUGGGACUGACCUACAUUAUAGAUGGUGGGCCGAUGGUGAGCUAUUAACGUUUGACAUGCCCUCUGUCAUGCACCAUUUUAAAAGCGCAGGUUUGAAAUUGGUUACAGUGGAAGUUUCCAACCAAGUCAGCUCGGAAAAUGUCUCCAAGUGGAUCCGCAUUCAAGAACCGAUCUCAGGAUUGACCUUUACCACCACUAAUGUUACCGAGCAGAACUUUGUAGCAUCAGGGCUCAAUGUUUCCAUGCGUGGAGAAACACAGACGGGAUCCAGCAUUUCCUGGAUGUGGCUAUUGCCAGAUGGCACCAAAUCAAACCAGCGCACCACCUCCUACAUCUUUCCUAAACCUGGACUCUGCACUGUGGCUUUGAACGCCACUAAUGAUGUCAGUGGCGAAGUGCUUUUACAUGACUUCACCGUACAAGACCGUAUCCAGGGUCUUGAGCUUAGGGCCAGUAAACAAAUCGCUGCAGUUGGAGAGAAUGUGGAGUUUACCAUAUCUGUCUCUUCUGGAACUUCUGUCAACUUUAUCCUGAGGAUCAACGGUGAUGCAACUGUUGUUCUGAACAAUCAAACGUACAUCCACCAGUUCACCACUGUGGCAAAGUACUAUGUCAACCUUACGGCGCACAACCAGGUGAGUUCAGAGUGGAAGACUCUGCACAUUGAAGUGAUGGAGCCGGUCACCAAACUGAGCAUUCUGGACUGCUGUGAUGCAGCUGUACCCGUUGGAGUAACUCGGUCUUAUGUAGCGAGCACGCCGACACGUGAACCACUGACUUUCCUGUGGACUUUUGACCUUCAUCAUGGUGCCAAGACCCCGCUGGUUGGCAAAUCUGUGACAUACACACCAGAUGAGCCAGGAAAUCUGACCAUAUUCCUGAGAGCUUUCAAUUCCCUGAAUGGUCUAAAUGUGACCAAGGUUAUACGAGUUCAGAACAGUAUCAAAUCGGCCAUCUUGGAUGCUCAGCCAAGCGACACUUUUGUAAACAAGACAAUCAGCUUCCAUGUGGGCAUCACUCCUGUUUUGUCCCCUGCGACUUAUCAGUGGGACUUUGGGGAUGGUACCUCUGUCGCCAUCACAACCACACCUUUCCAUAACCAUAUCUAUUUCAUCCCUGGUCAUUAUGUGGUGCGAGUCAAUGUUAGUAACUUGGUCAGCUGGACAACGGCACAAAUUGAUAUCAACAUCUCUUUCCUAAAGUGUGACGAACCAGAAGUUCAGAUUAUUCAAGCGCCACGACUCGCCAUCUGGCGUUACCAGCCAACCUUGGUAGAAGCCGAUGUAAACUUAAAGGGUUGUGCCCUCUAUGGGGUCGAGUACCUUUGGGAGAUACUUGCCUCUCCUCGUUGUCAAGAUUAUGACAAGAAAGGGCCUCCACCUUCUAAGGUCCGUCUCCCAGCGGAAGUCAACGUUCGGAGGCUCCAACUUUCAGUGCCCAAGAUGUCGAUUUCAUCUGGGAACUACACUCUUGUGUUUUCUCUUUCCUAUGAGGGAGUGCCACUCAGGAAGGCAGCCUGUCUGCAGCUCUCGGUGAUGUCCAAGAAGUUGGUGCCCAUCAUUGAGGGUGGAACCUACCGUGUGUGGUCAAAAACUCAGGAUCUACAUUUGAGUGCAGAGCAAUCCUAUGAUCCUAACCUGGACCCGGAGAACCAGUCCCUACUCAGCUACCACUGGGAAUGUGUGAGCACUUCAAAGGGCGCGGCUCACUGCUCUACUCUGAGUUUCGGGCUGGGUCCCAGCGACCCGGUUCUGGGUAUCUCUGGGUCCGAGCUAGAGGUGGAUGUUGAGUACACAUUUCGUAUGACCGUCAGCAAAGAGGGCAUGACCCCAGAAUCCACAACACAGACGGUUUGUGUUCAGAGCGGUCGUAUCCCGAUGGUGUCCCUCGAGUGUGUCUCGUGUAAAGCUCAGUCUCGUUAUGAGAUCAGUCAGAGCACGUAUGUUUACUUGGCUGGCACCUGCAUUAAUUGUCACAGUUCACACCGAGGGCGCUGGACGGCGAUGACCCGUCGGAAUGAGACACUAGUGCUAGAUCUGAACACCACCACCACAGGCAGUGACAGCAUGCACCUGGUGCUGAGACAGGGCAUCCUUCACGACGGAGACUCCUACAUCUUCAGCCUCCAUGUGACAGAUGAUGAAAUGGACAGAGAGGGUGUGGCCUAUAUUGAGCUCCACCCCAAUCUGCCCCCAGCAGGGGGUGCGUGUUCUCUGUGGGCGGAUGGGAAGGGGCCUCAGGUGCGCACGCUGGUGGAUAGAGUCCACUUCAAUUGCUCAGGUUAUGCUGAUUUGGAUGAGAUGGAGUCUCCUCUGGUGUACAGUCUGUUGGUGGUGCGUUGUUCAGAACUGUCCUGUGAGGAGUUCUGUGUGUAUAAGGGCACCAGUCCAGAACAUUCUGCCUUCCUGCCCCCUGGAUUCAGCUCAGCCCAGGACAAAGUGUCUGCUUUUGUCAUGGUGGAAGACCACCAGGGGGCGUCAGUUACUGCCCUCAAUACGACGAUAGAGGUGGUUUUGCCGCAGGUUCCAGAAGGGUUCAGCAGUCUACCUCAGUGGCUGAGUAAUCUCACUGACUCCACCCUCAGGGAGCUGCUCCGACAGGGAGACUCACAGAGAGUGAGGGAACUGUCUCUCGCUCUCAUUACUGUUCUUAACGAGUAUGAGCAGGGUGUGUCGCGCAGGCGUGAGCUUGGGUCAACUGCUGAGCGUCUGUACAGAGGGAGUGUAAGAGGAAACAUCACACGAGCUCUGACAUCACUGGACCUGACCACCGUCAACGACAUCCAGCAGACAUCAGCAGCCCUUGCGCAGUGCAGGGCUGUGAAUCGAGAGUUUGUGUGUGAAGAGUGUCAGAACAGCACGCUGGAUAAACUGGAGUCGAUGUUAGAGAUUCUACAGACAGACACUAAACAGGGGACAGUCACCCCUACUGAGAUUGCAGACAACAUUCUCAAUAUCAUGGGUGACCUGAUCCACCAGGUGAGUCAGGCCACCUCCUCUCCGCCUCCGGAAGCCGAUGACCACGACGGUGUCUCUUCCCAGUCUCUGUUUCUCUUCCAGGAGCAGCAGCAUAAUCUGAUGCAUGUGGCCGCAAAAGCCUACUCCCUCUCGUCCGUACUCAUGAGAAUCCUCAUGCUCGCUCGCGUUCUCAACGAAGAGCCCCUGAUCCUCCGCGGUGCCGAGAUCGCAGCCGCUGGCAAACGUGCCGACCCGCAGAGCCUGCUGUGUUACGGCGAGAGUGAUGCACAAGAGUGCCGCCGUUUCUCCAUUCCUCGAGCGUUUAACGCCAGUCUGGGACGUGCAGCAGGGGCCAAACUGGUCCAAGGAGCCAACAGUGAAGAUGGAAUCGUACAAUUGCUGUUUCAAAUGGAGCCAAAUCCGUUUCCGUUCAAUUACGUAGCGAAUUAUACAGUGUCUACAGAGGUAGCGUCGAUGGAGUUCCGAACCCUAAAUGGCACGCAGAUUCCGAUAUUGGAUUUGGACGAGAGCCAAGCGAUAACGGUUGCGGUUAAUAACGGAAGCAUGGCUGGGCUAGACGCUAACGUAAUGGAGGCCAUCUUGCCACCAGCGGGAGCCGAGAACAUCAGUCGCUGCAGUUCCGUUAUUGUGAGGGUGAGCACCGGGAAUGCCAACAAUCAAGCUGGAAUCUACGUACAACUCAACUUCACCGUAAUUGACGAUUCUCCAGAGAAGGUGGAAUUGGAUCCAUGGAUUACAGCCUAUCUGCACACCUCCGAAUGGCCCAAUGAAUUCAACAACACUGACAGGAAACGCAUCACACUCAGUAUGACACGGGGGCGGGACUUGGACCACAGACGCUACACGUUCUUUCUGUCUCCAAAUCUCUACGACACCACGCGUGAUCACUUCAUAAACGUGUCUACGAGCUGCGGUGCAGAUUACCCAAACCUGAUCCGUUUGGAGGUGGCCGUGUUCACGUCUUUGUGCCAGUACUUCAGCGAGAGCGCCAAACAGUGGCGGACGGAUGGCAUGAUUCCUCUUCCCGAGACCAGCGUAGGCCGAGCCGUGUGUCGCACACGGCAUCUCACUGCAUUCGCCGCCAGUCUGUUCGUUGCGCCCAACGCCGUGUCCUUCAUCAUUCCCGAACGCUCUGUGGGUCGUAGUUUAGUGGUGGUGUUGGUGUGUGUGAUCGGACUGUUGUGUUACGCCGUGGCCGGCGCUAUUUUGCGUAAACUGGAUCAGAUGGACCUGAGACGGGCCUCGGUGGUUCCACUGUGUGGAAAGGACGGACUGUACAAGUACGAGAUCCAGGUGAAGACCGGCUGGGGCUAUGGAGCAGGUACCACAGCCCACGUUGGCAUCAGCCUCCAUGGCAGUGAGAGUCGCAGUGGACACAGACACCUGGACAGCGUCGGAGCAUUCGCUCGCAACUGCCUGGACAUCUUCCACAUCGCCACGGACACAAAUCUGGGCAGCGUGCUCAAGAUCCGUGUCUGGCAUGACAACAAAGGUCUCUCUCCUGCUUGGUUGCUCCAGUAUGUUCUUGUGAAGGACCUGCAGUCUGGCAGUAGUAACUUCUUCCUGGUUGAGGAAUGGCUCUCAGUUGACAACGAGAAAACAGAUGGCAGAGUGGAAAUAGAAGUGGAAGCCUCAGAGGAGGCAGACCUGCGUCACUGGCCCCGCCUACUGACCUGGGAGCUUCAGAGAGCAAUGUGUGAGAGCCAUGUUUGGCUUUCGCUAUGGGAACGACCUCCGCGCAGUCCCUUCACGCGGCUGCAGAGGCUGACCUGCUGCUCGGUGCUCAUGCACCUUUGCAUGCUCGCCAACGCUGUGUGGUACGGCACCGUCGCCUAUGGCAACAGCUCUACACCGGUGUCUACACAAAUCUCGUUGAAUGAGGAGACCGUUUGGGCGGGUCUUGUGAGCUGUCUAUUAGUGUAUCCUGUCUACCUGCUCAUAUUCUGCCUGUUUAGACUGAGCCGUAGCAAGGUCUCUGUGGAGCAGUUACCUCCUCAAGUGGACCAGGAGUCUUUGGAGAUUGAUGACUUCCUGGAUAACUCGCUGACAGGAAGCUCUUUUCUGAUGUUCAAUGGAAUUUCUGGAGAGACAUAUUCAGAAGAGACCAACAUUGACCUGCCCACUCCUUCCACUAAGAGUCUUCAGAGGUGGAGUGAUCCGGACUGUGAUUGGCCGGAUGUGUUGACAGAUCCGUCUGUAGAGAUGGGGCCGGUGUUCCCUCCGCGGCUGAAGAGAGGGCAGGGCAGCAGACAUCUGGGCGUGGACAUCACCUUCAAUCCAGAUGAUGACGACACCGUGUGUGACAACAGCCACAGGAACAAAUAUUUCUCUUCUUCAGAUGAGGACCUCAUCAAGCGGAUAUUAGUGGAUGGACAGCUUCUGUCACAGACUGACAGUGAUAUGGGUGAUCUCUCCAGUAUAUUUGGCGAUAAGACGGAGGUGAUUCUGCUACAGAAGAUGAAUGAACCUGUUCUUCCUGCGGGAAUAAGACGAGACCCGCCCAAAACUGCCUUCACGUCUCGCACAGUGGUGACGGAUGUGUGCAGGCCAAGACCGUUUCCUCCUCUAUGUGGAUUGGCUGCUCUGUGGGGCAGUUUGGUCGGGCUUAUCCUGUCAAGCAGCCUAUCAAUGUGGUUGGGGCGGAGCUUUAGUGAGGGCGUGGCUUUGAUGUGGCUCAUCUCUUGCAUUGUCAGUUUCCUGUCGUCGUUCCUCAUUUUCGAACCUCUGAAGGUGUUGUUAGAGGGGGUGUAUUUCUCUUUGGUUGUGCGUCGUCUGAGAGCAGAAGAGCAGGACGUGUUGGUGGAUUGUCCACGUGUGGAGCGGGUCGUUCAGCGGAUCCCGAGAGUGAGACCGCCGCAGGGAUUCGCCCUGUCACAUGCCAGAGAGGAAGCAUGCAAAGUUCGUCUGCUACACACCAUGCUGAAGGGCUUUCUGAUCUACAUGCUGUUCCUGCUGGUGGUUUUACUGCUCAACUAUUCCGACUCGGCCAAAGACGCCCACCGCCUGCGACUGCAAACCCAACUGCGGAACUAUUUCCACACACAACACUUCAACAACAUCAGCAGUCGUGAGGAUGUGUGGGCGUGGCUCUCAGACUCCCUGGUACCGCGGUUACUAGAUGGGCAUGUCCUGAUGAAGAAGACAGGCAGUCUGCUGCUCGGACCGCCCCGCCUCAGACAGCUGAGAACACAGCCAGAAUGCCCCAUCAGUGGAUAUUUCCCACCAUCCUCAUGGUUUGGGUGUGUCUCUGGUGGGUGGGCGGAGUCAGACUCUGGAUUGGUGCAGAACUGGAGUGCCAGUACAGCUCACAGCAGCGGUGUGUGGCACUGGGGUCAGGUGUCAGUGUACAGCAGCGCUGGAUUUGUGCAGGAUCUCAGCAGAAAUAUGCAGGACUCCAGAAAUCUGAUCAAACAACUUAAUACACACCAGUGGUUCGACCCGCUGACGAGAGUUUUAUUCGUGGAGUUCUCCCUCUAUAACAUCAACACGGAUCUGCUGGCCGUCUUCUCUUUCCUGCUGGAGUUUCCCGUGUCUGAACGAGCUCAGCUGAGUCUGGACCUCAAAACCUGCAGUCUGCACACGCUCAGUCAUGGACUGGACCUGUCCCUGUUUCUCACGCUCCUUCUUUUGGUCUUUGUGAUCUAUUUCGCGGCACGCGAGGGCGUGGCUGCUUGGACGCAGGGGCGUGGCUACUUCCUGCGCUUGUGGAACGUAGCAAGUGUUUGCAGUCUGGUGUUGGCGAUUUGUGUCGCCUCUCUACACAUCAGUCGCUCCGUGCUCUCCGCCCGCCAAUGGAAGUCGUUUCUCGAGCAACGGGAUGCUUUUACAGACUUCUUUCCCCUUGCCCAACAGAGCCAGGUCCUGACUCAACUCAGCGCAACAUUACUUUUCCUGCUGGUGCUCAAGGCGUCACACCAGCUGCGCUUCAUGAGAGAAUGGGGUGUUUUUGGAAGAACGUUGAGGAGAUCUUUCUGGGAGCUGCUGAUGGUCGCUGUCACUCUGCUUGUGUUCCUGUUGGCAUACUCGCAUACUGGACACCUGCUUUUCCAAUCUGUCAUGGAGGGCUACGGAACUGUUAGCUCCACUUGCGUGAGGUUACUAGGCUUUGGUGGGCGUGGACUGUUGUCAUGGCGAUCUGACAGUGGCUCCUCCCCCUGUUCUCCAUCAUGUGCUAUCUUUCACAUAAGCUUUACUCUCCUCCGUCUCGUGUUGCUCUGGAUUUUGAUCUCGGCGUUGCUGAGAAACUACCGGCGCGCAAGAGCGGAAAUGUACCGGCCCGCCGUUGACCUGCAGGACUACGAGAUGGUGGAGUUGUUCCUGCGACGACUCAAAAUGUGGAUGGGCCUCAGCCGUGCCAAGGAGUUCCGGCACAAGGUGCGAUUCGAAGGUAUGGAGCACCCUCCCUCACGCUCUUCUUCAACUAGUGACUGCAAGUCCUUGUGUCUUCCUCCUCUGGACACGCCUGAGGCUCCUCCAACUCCAGACAGUGUUGAUGGAGGUUCUGAGGCCUCCUGGCGGCCCACAUCAAGCAGUCCUUGCGGUCUGGCUGAAGCUCCAGGUCUAGGACUAGGCCUCACCUUGGGCCUGGGAGUGGUAGUUGGAGGCCCCGGCUGGAAAGAGAGAGCAGAGAUGGAGGCAACCCUCCGCAGGAUCCUUCCAGCUUUUGAUGCUUUGCUCUUGCAGUUGGACCGGGUCAACUACACCACAGAGGAACUGUAUAGCAAAGAGUGCCGUCUAGAGAGGAUGCUGAGGAGUAGCAGAGGACGGGGCAGAGGGGUACAUCGCCACAGAAGUCUGGACUCUGCAGGACAGAAGAGACAUGGUAGUGGACACAAGAGGGCAGACAGGAGUACACAAGUGGUAGAAAGAAGUAACAGUCCACCGAAAACUGAAAUAAGUGCACCUACAUCAGAGAGACAUCUUCACAAGAAGGAAAGAAGAUCACAAAAAAAAGACAAGUUCUUACAAAGGAAUCUACACACAAGAUCCCACAAGGUAGAUUCAAGUCCUCCUAGGACUGACAAUUGUCUCCAGAGGGUACAAGAAAUCCCCAGUACUGUGAUGGUAAAUGUCAUCAAAACCGAAAAAGACCCUCUCAAGGUACAAGGAAGCCCCAGUACCGUGAUGGGAAGUGUCAUCAAAACCGAAAAAGACCCUCUCAAGGUACAAGGAAGCCCCAGUACCGUGAUGGGAAGUGUCAUCAAAACCGAAAAAGACCCUCUCAAGGUACAAGGAAGCCCCAGUACCGUGAUGGAAAGUGUCAUCAAAACCGAAAAAGACCCUCUCAAGGUACAAGGAAGCCCCAGUACCGUGAUGGAAAGUGUCAUCAAAACCGAAAAAGACCCUCUCAAGGUACAAGGAAGCCCCAGUACCGUGAUGGGAAGUGUCAUCAAAACCGAAAAAGACCCUCUCAAGGUACAAGGAAGCCCCAGUACCGUGAUGGGAAGUGUCAUCAAAACCGAAAAAGACCCUCUCAAGGUACAAGGAAGCCCCAGUACCGUGAUGGGAAGUGUCAUCAAAACCGAAAAAGACCCUCUCAAGGUACAAGGAAGCCCCAGUACCGUGAUGGGAAGUGUCAUCAAAACCGAAAAAGACCCUAUCAAGGUACAAGAAAGCCAUAAUACUUUGGUGGCAGGUUUCAACAAGACUGAAAAAGACCCUCACAAAAUGGAUUCAGGUCUCCUCAAAGCAAAAUCACAAGAGGCGGACCCUAAUCCACACAGGGCCCUCAAGGCUGACAAAGCUUCUCAUAAGGUAUUCGCGACCCCAAACAAGGUCAAUCCAAAUGUUCUAAAAGACCCUGAGAUUGUUGGCUGUGCCAACAAACCUGCCCCCACUCUGGCCCCUACCCCUGUUCCCACUCCAAUGUCUGCUCCCUCGACUGCUCCCGUUUCUGCCACAACUACCCCAGCACCAAUCCCUCGCGCCCACGAGUGGGUGCCCCCCAGCGAGAACCUCCCUUCCAGCGUAUUUCGGCACCCUGCACACACUACUACAAAUCCAACCCGUAAACGCAAGCACAAACCUCCGCCCCUGAAAAACAAGGUGCACCCCAAUACGGACAGACCUAUCUCAGGACACUCCAAGCCUUGACAAUCCAAGGUUCAACCCAUCAGUACGCAAGUAAAGGCAAAUGAUGUGAGUUUUUGGAAUUGACAUAUAAGGCUAAGAGGCUAAAAGUAUGUUGAUGCACAUGGGUCAUGGCUAGUCAUGAGGAAAUGAAAGAAGGCCCUGGUGACAGCAGGUUCUGUAACCAGGCCCUCAAAUUUUAGCCCCACUUUGGCCUAAAGUUCCAACCUACAAGCCUUUCAAUUGGCAAAAUCAACACGUCUGUGAUGGAAACUCGGUGCAGGCCACCGUGUUUUUGUGCGAUCCUCAAGAAGUUCCAUUUUAAUGCAAGUUGCCAUUUUCCCUUCCCUCUCACGUGACCUCAGUCCAACCCUUUGACCCUGGAGGUCAACUGGGUUGAAACCGACAAGAGCACAUCUUGUGCUGUCAUACCAAAACAAACUCGUAAAAGAGCAUAAAGUGACAAUAAGAGACUACAACAGAAAGCCUGUUAAUGUAGGAUGGCUAGCGCUGGAUGGUAUUUUGGUACAGCGUUUUGAGUUAUGUUUAAUGGUGUUUAUUUUUGUGUUUUCGUUGAAGGAAGCUAAUGUAAGGUCAUGGGUUUAUCAUGCAUCGAUGCAAACAUAGGUACAGCUUAUUCAGAUUGGCUCACAGUGACAACUUCACAGAUAUUAACAUAAACACACAGACUUAUAGGUACAUAUGUUUAGAUGCAUUACAUGCCACCGUUAUAAACGUAGAGCGACGCUUAUAUGUACUUAUGCAUACUUCAUGCUUAAUAUAAUGGCAUGUUACUGAAAAUAGACACAUAAUAGACAUAUCAUGAAAUAACUUUUAAGAUCACCCCAGCCACACUUAAACACACUUAACAAGAGGCCAUCGGGGUGCCAAAAAAUAGUAAAGCCUCAGGUUUCGUCAACAUAAUUUCACGUCAGCUUCAUUUUGAUGCUAUAGAGCAUUUCUCGGCGCAAAACGCACCAGAGGGCAAGUAAGAUUAGACUAAAAUAGAAGGGUAACCGAAAGAAGAGAAAGUGCGACAGGAUGUUGGUAUUUAAAGAGAGACCGAAGUGUAAAAGGUAAAGGUUGAAAUUGAGAAAUAAAUGGAAGCUAUUGGGAAAGUAGAUGAUUUUAUGUCCCGUGUUCAAGCACAAGUCCCUGAAUUUUCCGUAUGGAGAUUUGUGGUUUCUGAAAACAAUGUUCCAUAAAGCAUUAUUAUUACUAGAGUAGUUUGUCAAUGAAGAAAAUAGUUGCGUUCGUGUUUGUUGUUGCCUGAAUCUAAUUUAAAAAAGCACUUUGUAUUGAUGUACACGAAUGAUUGUGAUUGCAUCAGAGCGCAACGUAGUUUGAAUGUGUUAUUGAAAUGGCAAAUGUUUAGCAACAAUAAUACAAAUAAGCUUGGUACGAAGAUUAAGAGAUAGCUACAACAGAAUUACUCUCCGUAUAGAUUUUCCAAAGCUUGCUAUUCGAGUAUCAAGAGACUUAAUAAAGUUGUUUCUUUUGUACUUAGCACUUUAUUUCAGUGUCAAGCUUUAGUGCUACGCCAUAUUUAACUAGUAUGUAUGUUUCCUUCACAUAAAACAGCUUUCCAGAAUAUUCUCUUUUGAGACUUAUACAUGAGCUGCAUCAGGAUAUUCAUUGCCAUUAAUGGUCAUUUAUUUUUUAUAGUGUGUGCGCUAUUUUGAAGUACUAAGAUUGAUUAAUUAACAUGUUUACCGUGGUAAUGCUCAGGGACCCUAGUUUUUUUUUUAAACCCAAACCAGGAGUGUUUAUUUGUUUGGUUUGUUAUAAGAUGUGUGUUUUUUUUUUGGUUAUUAUUAUUAUUAUUAUUAUUAUUAUUCCAUACAUGCAUGAAUGUCUCAUAUAAUGAAAUGAAAGUUGUCAAGCGUGAUUGGAUGUCCACUAAAGGGAAAGAGUCACGUCCACUACAGUGACGUCCUGAUUCGGGCCAUUCCUGAUGAAGAUUUGAUGGGUCUUGUUUAUCUGUACAUAUUGGCAUGCCCUGAUGUAAAUAUUGUAUGAGAGUUUGAUUUCAUUUGCCUUAACCGCACUGACCAGAAAUUGUGGUUUGUUUUUGUCACACACAAAAAAAGAGAGCACAGGAUGUUCACUCGUAUGUCACGAACGCUUCGCUGCACAGUUAUUUCAUUUCUCCUCGUCAUUGGCCAAAGAAUAAAACCCAAAAAGCAUUAAAGCAUGCUGAUUUUGUAACCUUUUUGCAACAGAGCUAUGCACAGCACAACCAGUCAUUUUAAAACACAACGCCUUUUUUGUAGUUCUUUUUCCAAGCGAUUUGUAGAGUAACCGUUUGACAGCAGGUACGUAAUUUUAGAGGGUGUAUGUAGGAUAAAGUCAUGUCAAACCAGUCACAAGUGCCAAAAGUGCCAGCUUGCAUGCAAUAAAGUCUUAAUAUCAUUUUCUUUGUAUUAAACGUUUAAGGUCAUUUGUUAAUUGCAGCAUAUGCAUCAUAUUUUUGUAACAUUGUAGCACUUCGCUUUACAUGCUUUUGCACUUGACAAAGUCAAAUAAAGAGUCUGACAGCUGAGAGUCUGUGGUGUGAUAUCGGCUCCUGUGUGGGUGAAUCUCAUGAAACAUUUCAACAUUUCCAGGUCACAAUGCACCCCCAAAAUCGAAAGAAAUAGGGAUAACACUUUACAAUGUAGUUGUGUUCUUUCAACCCUCAUGUUGCUUCUGGUCAUUUUGACCUGAAGAGGAUUUCUGUUGCCUGAAAAUGCUAGUUAAUGUUAAAACAUUCUGACUUUGCUCAGGGUAUCAAAAUUUACCCCCAAACAAAAUGCUAUUUUGGUUUCUUCACUUUGUUACACUUUUGAUGUUCCUGGUCAAAAAUGACCGGCUUUUUAAAAAUGGCUUAUAAAUCUCUUAUUAUGCUAUAUUUGACCUAAUAUUGGAUUAUAUGUUUUUGUCAACUUGUUUUCUUUCAAUUAGCACAGGAUUUGAAUUUCUUUUUGAGCUUAAUUUUCAUAGACCUCAUUGACCUGAGCUUAUGCACCUCAGAUUUUUUGUGAAAAGUGUGGAUAAU